GUUUGAUCUGUUCUUGCAUUUCUGGUUCUUUAAAUGGAUCGUUUCCUCUUACGAUGAUGUAUCAUUUGAUACAGAACUCCAUCCAGUACUCCACACACCACAGGCAUCCAUGUCGAUUCAAGGCCUUCAGCUUGAGGUUACAGUUGUAGGAUGUACUCGGUUGAAGGACAAAGAAUGGUUUUCAAGGCAAGACCCAUAUGUUUCCAUUGAGUACGGGAGCGCCAAGUUCCGGACCAGGACCUGUACUGAUGGAGGCAAGAACCCCAGUUUCCAGGAGAAGUUCAGCUUCAUGCUCAUGGAAGGGCUAAGCGAGUUGAAUGUUUCAGUCUGGAAUAGCCAUAGACUUACAGCCGAUGAUUUUAUCGGCAGUGGAAGGAUUCAACUCCAAAAGGUUCUUUCUCAAGGUUACGACGAUAACACUUGGUCGAUACAAUGUAAACAAGGAAGAUAUGCUGGAGAUGUUCGAGUCAUAUUACAUUGUCCAAAUUUCAACAAACAAGUACUGAGCCAUACCGUCUCCAUCUCAUCAAUGACACAUCCAGUCCAUCACCAUCCGGUUCAGCCUCAUUUCCCUUCAUUCCCUCCUACUCCAUCUACUUUCCCUCCAUCUGUGUUUCCUCCCCAACCAUUCCCACCAACAACCUAUCCUCCACAGUCAUACCCACCUCACUCAGGACCAUGUCCAGGAGUCUAUCCCCCACCAUCCUUCUGAAGUGCAGCUUCGUAUAUAUAUAACAACGUUCAUGGGGAAUGAAAUUACCCAAUCGAGUGCACAAGUUAUAGCUAGUAAUUGUUAUUGUUAGUGAGAUGUAAUAAUAGAGAAUAUUAUUGGUAAUCAUCUUGUCCAAGUGUCCAAGACUGAGGCUUUGCCUCUCUGGAUGUUGGAAGAAAUAAUUAGAUACUUCUAUAUUUUUGUGUUAGCCCGUUAAUUAUGUACCGAUAUUUUGUUUUCUUUGGAUUUA